GACGGAGGCGGGGCUUACGCUGGCUCAACCAAUCACGAAGCAGCACCAACCAAAACAGCUCGAUUCAAAUUCAAACGGCCUGGAGGCGCUGAAGCAGACACAUCACUCUGAGUAACUCCUCUACAGCUCAGAACAUGUCUCGCUUGCCAGUUAGUGCAAGCAAGAGGGUCCUUACAACCAGCAGCAGCAGCUCAGAGAAUGGCCAAGACUAUGCACCUGUUCAGAAGAAGAUUCGCAGGGACCCAGAUCCCGUCAAACCACAGGCAGCAGCUACAAUCAUUGGUGGCAGGCAGCCUGCUGUUGCAGCAACCAGGGCACCUGUUUCUAGACCAGUCAGAGGUGUGGGAGCUGCCACCGUGGCUGUCGGUCCUUCCAGAGGUGUCCUGAAACAAUCUAUAGCUUCAACUGCACCAAAGGGAGGCAACAUGAAACAAACUGUUGCACCCACUGGCACAAAAGCAGGUGUGGGCGGGGCCACCAAGCGGUGCGCAUGGGAUCUGAAGGGCAAGGUCAACGACAUGGAGGGUAAGAUCCGUAACUACCAGACCAAGGUCAAAUCUGUCAACCAGGAGAACGAGGUUCUGAGAGACACGAUGGUCCAGAGCAAAACAAGAGUGGUUGAAAUGGAGACAAAUCUUGAGAGGCAGAGGCGCCAGAUCAGUGAGUACGAGGAGGAGCUGCAGGCAUUGUCAGGAGUCCGGAAUGAGUUGGAGAAAGUGUCUAGUGAGAAGAGCACUCUUGAAAAGGAGCUCUCCAACUUAGAGGGCAAAUACAAGGUCAUGGAGACUCUCCGGGACAGCCAAGAGACGGAGCUGCAAACUCUCAAGAUGAAGCUUGCCGUACAGGAGUCAACUCUGGCCCGUCUGCAGGUGACCCUCAGAGACACCGAGGAAGAGGUCCGCUCUCUCAGCGACACUGUGGUCCAGCAGAAGGAUGAGCUGCAUGCCGGGGAGAUGGAGCGCAGACAGCUCCACAAUUCCAUCCAGGAGCUCAAGGGCAAUAUCAGGGUCUUUUGCAGAGUGCGCCCCCAGGUGGAGGGAGGCCUCAGCAAGCACAUUCAGCUCCUGACCAGCGACAACAAGGCGAUCACACUGGCCAAAACAGAAGAGUCCCACACAGGCAAAACUGCUGAGACUCAGAAGAAUUACAACUUCAGUUUUGACCGGGUGUUUGGCCCCCAGGCUUUACAACAAGAGGUCUUCGAAGAGAUCUCGCUGCUGGUGCAGUCGGCAUUGGACGGCUACAACGUCUGCUGCUUUGCUUAUGGCCAGACAGGAAGCGGAAAGACGUACACCAUGGAGGGAGACGAGUAUGAUGAGUGCAGAGGUGUAAUUCCCAGAGCCGUGAAGCAAAUCUUCAGAGCAGCAGAGAAACUGGGAGCACAAGGCUGGGAGUUCUCCUUCACAGCGAGCUUUGUCGAAAUUUACAAUGAGACCCUGCGAGACCUCCUGUACACUGGCAAGGCCAGCAAGAGGCCCGAGCAUGAGAUCCGCAAGGCCACCAAUAACGAGGUGACAAUCACCAACCUCACAUACGAGAAGGUCUGCAACGAGGAUCAGGUUCUCGGCCUGAUCAUGUUGGCGAAUCAGAAUCGCUCCACAGCCCAGACAGCCCAGAAUGACCGCUCCUCUCGCUCCCAUUCAGUGUUCCAGCUGGACAUCGAGGGAGUGAAUGUUGGCAGGGAUGUCAAAUGCAAGUCCACUCUGUGCCUGGUGGACUUGGCCGGCAGUGAGCGCAUGCUGAAGAGUCAGUCUCAGGGUGACCGCUUUAAGGAGAUGACUGCCAUCAACGGCUCCCUCUCCAACCUGGGCAUAGUCAUCUCCGCACUGGCCAACAAGGAGAGCUAUGUUCCCUACAGAAACUCUAAGCUGACCUACCUGCUUCAGGGAUGCUUGGGAGGAAAUAGCAAAACGCUGAUGUUUGUGAACAUCGCCCCAGAGCCAGACAGCUUUGGGGAAACCCUAAACUCCUUGAGGUUUGCCAGCAAGGUGAACGACUGUGUCAUUGGUACCGCAAGCGCCAACAAGAAAUAGAGCGAAGUGCUUCAAAAAAAACUCGGUUCUUACCACUUUUACCGUUAUCUAUGUUAUCUAUGAAAUGUUCAGUAUAAUUGUUUCCCAUGCCUUUUGACUUACACUUUGUGCUGUUUGGGCACAUUAUGGUGCCAAUCGGUAAGAACCAAAAACUGAAAUCCUUUUUGUAUAUGCUCAGGGCUUUGAUUAGUGAUCACUAACACAGCCUUUUAAACAUUUCUAUGCUUUUAUGUAAAUCAAGUGGAUGUGUACAUAUGCAUGUUUCUAGUUAGUGUUUUUAUAUAUACUCUUUAAGGGUCCUUAACUGAUGAGGAAAUUCUCUAGUUGAGACAUUUAAUCUCCAUUGGACAUGUCAGUGUGUAGCAUUUAGGGGCAUCUAUUGGCAUAAUUGGAAUAUAAUAUUAAUAAGUAUGUUUUCUUUUAGUGUAUAAUCACCUGAAACUAAGAAUCGUUGUGUUUUCGUUACCUUAGAAUGAGCCGUUUUUAUGUAUAUAGGGAGCGGAUCCUCUCCAUGGAGCCGGCCGCCAUCGUAGGUCUCCGACACGCUCGGCACACGGGAGAAGCUUCAGUCGGUUGCAAUCUGCAACCUCACCGCUAGAUGCCGUCAAAUCCUACACACUGCUCCUUUAAUGAAAGGACCCAUAUUAUUCCGAUUUAUAUAUUUUAAUUAUUUUCAAUUUACAUAUGGUGUGUUUUGUAUAACUUGCACAAUAAUUUCAAAUAAAUAGUUUGGUUAAACUGAUACUGUUAUAUUUUUCUCAGUUUUUCUUGACUUUUGGUGAUAAACGGUCAUUGUUAGUUUUCGAUCCUGCUGGCCCAACAUGAUGUAAUAAUAAAGACAGUAGAUGGGCAACUUGUAUUUCUUGUGUUGCUUUAUGUUUAUUCCAUACAAUUGUUGUUAAUUCUUUCAUAAACAUAAAGCAUGUUAUGGCAAA